AUGGUGAGCGCGCAAAAAUCGUCGCCGUCGAAUAAAUCUUUGGAGAACUCUUCGGUUAUUGUUGUUCCUUCUCAACGAGAAAUAAACACCGCGAGUGGAUCGAAUAAUACUGCACAAACAACAAGCUUGCAAACAAAUUCAUCACCCAUUUUAAAUAAUAACCCUUCACGCCAAAACACGGUCGAUUCACUUUCUAAUUUACAGCUGAUACAAAAACAGUCGUCGCAAUUAGCUCAGGCUCGACAGAUGCUUGCGAAUUCGCAGCAGUCAAGAUUAUCACCACACACUCAACAGCAGCUGCAAUCACUUGCCAAUUCACAAUUACAACGGUCACUUGUUGCCAAUUCACAAUUACAACGGUCACUUGUUGCCAAUUCACAAUUACAACAAUCACUCGCCAAUUCACAAUUGCAACAAUCACAAUUACAACAAUCACUCGCCAAUUCACAAUUGCAACAAUCACAAUUGCAACAAUCACUCGUCAAUUCACAAUUGCAGCAAUCGCUUGUCAAUUCACAAUUGCAACAAUCACUUGCCAACACCAUUUUGACCCCAACUCACGCGGGACAACUUUCUUCAUUUAACACAGGAAUGUUGUUGAGAUCACUACAGAGCAAUCAACCACAGCAACCCAUCCAACUGAUAACGACCCCAACGCACUCACAGGUGACAACGCAACUAUUAAUUGAACAAGGAAUGCAAAACCCCAUUUAUGGAUUACAUUAUCAACAGAUACAAUCGAUGGGUCCGAUUCAGCCGUCAAUACAAUCCAUUGGAGGAACGCGACAAGCAAAUAUUCUCUUGGACAACGCGUCCUCCAACUUAAAUUCCAUCGCCGAAAAUGCCAUGGUCGUUCGAAAUCCUGUGGUAACAACAUCGUCGAUGGUAUCUAACAAUCGAAGUCCCAUUUCUAGCACGAAUAAUAAUAGGAUUUCUAUGAAUUUACAAAAUCAAGUGGCUGAGGUCGGAGGCUUGCGAUCCGUCAAUCUCGCCGCUCAACCAUCCUUACAAUCUUCUCAACUUGUAAAUCUUUUUCCUACCGUGGAUCAAAAUGAUGGUAAAAAUUGA